AUGUCCUACUAUGACAUUGACUCUAUCCUAACUGAUGCCCAAAAACUCCCCUGCACAUUUGAGUUGGAAGUCCCAGGACUGGGCAUCCUAGAAGGAAAUCCAGGCGAAGAUAUCAAAGCGGGGACCCGCAUCGACCUGCCACUAUGGCUUGGUGAAAUGCUUUCAAUCGGUGCCCGACUAGGAACGUCCCGUCUGGUCACGCUCGAUAUGCCGGACGCGCUGGCGGAGCGGGUGAUGAACGCGCUCAAGGCCGACCCUCGGACUGUGGAUUUGCGAGCGUUGGCACCGCAUUUCUACAUGUUGAGUGAGCGGAUUCUCGAGAUCUUUGAGGAAGAGGAGAUGGUUGAUGUUUUGAUUGAUACCUUCAAGAAGCGGGCAGCGGAAAUCUCCGACCACGCUCAUAACCCACGAGGAGCGGUGGGCGAAGGAGUGGAUUUUCUGCGAGGACUUGAUGAGAGUGAACGGCAGUUAUUCCGAGCGGCCCAUGACCGGGCGAAGGAGGUGCGGAUUUGGGCUGGAGAAGCAAAGAAGAAAUGA